AUGGACUUUAACCUGAACAUACAUACAUCAUUGGACAUAGUCUCAGAUCAUAUUGAAGCACUUCUAUGGACAAUUUUGUUUCAAAGAUUGUUUGGAACAAUCUCUCCCUCCCAGUCCACAUUUUUGGGGAUAACUUAUCCAAAGGUGGAGCUGCCUAUACUACAAACACUAAUAGACUCUAAGAUCAGUCAGUUCAAAAGGGAUAUCAUGGAAAGCAAAACCCUUAGCCAGAAUGAUCACGAUGACGAUAAUGAUAACCAGUCGUUAGAAGAUGAAACCGAACUAGGAUCCUUUAGACUGUCCUUCUUCGAAAAGUUCUCCAAAAGGGAUAGUAAAAACACCCUACUCAAAUUCUGGACUAACGAGACGAAAGAAUCUAGUGAAGAUAUCACUGGUAUAGUCAAUGAUGAUAUACAGAGAGGAUCCUUCCAAGACUGUUGGGAAACGUGGAACUUGACACUGUAUAUUUCAUCAGGAAAAGAUUAUGCCAACAGUUUCUUGGAAAGUAUGUUUCAGAUACUAGAUAUUACAGAUAUUAACAAGUCACAUAUUCCAACGAUUAGAUCGGUGGCGAUAGCACCAUUCCCGUUCAAAAUCGCCUACUUGGUGAAAAAAGACUCAUCCAUUGGAAGCAGUAUGGAGUACAUUACAGAAAAAGAUGCUCAGGAGGAAUAA